AUGAGACAUUUUUGCUACCUGCAUCUUGUGGUUCUUUCAUGGUUUUUGUUCAUCCCAAACACCCAUGAACUACAAGCUGCUCAGACUCAAGCCUUGUUGCAGUUAAGAGUUUAUCUAGAGUACCCCUCUUCUUUGCAAGUUUGGGAAUAUUACCAGGGGGACCUAUGCAGCGUCUCACCGUCUGCAAACAUGAGCAUUAAAUGUGAAGAAGAUGAGGUAACUGAGCUUAAAAUUAUGGGUGAAAAAUCUUUGAAGCCACCAUGGUUCAAUGGAUUUGCAGUUCCUAAUCAAACUCUAUCCAUGAAUUUCUCCAUUGAUUCUUUUUUGACCACUUUGACAAGGUUGACCAGCUUAAGGGUUCUUAGCUUGGUGUCCUUGGGGAUUUGGGGGCCACUUCCUGAUACGAUUCACAGUUUCCCUUUGCUUCAAGUUUUGGACUUGAGUUCCAAUUUCUUAUUUGGAGCCAUUCCACAUAAAAUAUCCACAAUGGUAAAGCUUCAUUCACUUACCCUUGAUGACAAUUAUUUUAACACCACUAUGCCCGAUUCGUUUGAUUCUCUGUCCAAUCUGAAUAUCUUGAGCGUGAAGAACAAUGGUUUGAAGGGUUCUUUCCCCUCCUCACUGGGCAAAAUGAAGACACUUGAAGUUAUUUCCUUGUCCCACAAUGAGUUGUCUGGUGGCUUGCCCGGUCUCAGUUCUCUCACUGGCCUACAUGUUCUGGAUUUAAGAGAUAACUAUUUAGAGUCUGAACUACCAUUGUUUCCUAAAUCUGUGGUCACAGUGUUGCUUAGCAAUAACUCGUUUUCAGGAGAGAUACCUAAACAGUUUGAUGAACUGGGUCAGCUUCAACAUCUUGAUCUUUCUUCAAAUCACCUCAGUAAGACACCCCCAUCUACCUUGUUUUCUCUACCAAAAAUAAGUUAUUUGAAUCUGGCAAGCAAUAUGCUAACUGGGGCUCUCCCAGACAAACUUAACUGUGGCAGCAAACUUGGAUUUGUGGACAUUUCUCGUAACAAGUUAAGUGGUGGACUUCCUUCUUGCUUGGCCAAUACAUCUGAUAGUAGAGUUGUUAGAUAUGCUGGAAACUGUCUAUCUGUUGAUUCUCUGAACCAGAAUAGAGGUUCUUAUUGUAAAGAAUCUGCCUCUGGAUGGAAGAGCUUUAAGACAUGGGAAGUAGCUGUAGUAAUGGCCAUCAUUGUUGUACUUGUUCUGGUGCUUUUGGUGUCGGGAUUCUUCGUAUGGAAAAAGUACCGUUCCAGAAAGACAACUGGGCAGGAUGUGUUGCUAAAGAUUGUUCAAGAUAACUCCUCAACAGGAGUUCCAUCAGAGAUCCUUGCAAAUGCCAGAUUUAUUUCUCAAACAGUGAAGCUAGGGACACAAACUACUCCAACCUGUCGGCAAUUUUCAAUAGAGGAAUUGAAGGAAGCCACUAAAAACUUUGACUUGUCAAAUUAUAUUGGUCAAGGCUCCAUAGGGAAGCUGUACAAAGGUAAACUAGAGAAUGGAUCCUACGUGGCAAUACGAUCUUUGGUUCUGUCAAAGAAAUGCUCAAUUCAAAAUCUUAGAGCUAAAUUGGAUUUACUCUCAAAACUUCAACAUCCAAAUUUGGUUAGCCUUUUGGGUCAUUGUGUUGAUGGUGGUGGACAAGAUGAUUCCAAUUCCCACAAACUUCAUCUUGUAUACGAGUAUGUGCCAAAUGGAAAUUAUCAUACCCAUCUGUCAGAAUUUUCUGUAGAGAAGGCACUCCAGUGGUCUGAUAGAUUGGCAAUUUUAAUUGGAGUUGCAAAGGCAGUGCAUUUCUUACAUACUGGUGUUAUACCUGGCUGUUUUAGUAACCUACUAAAGACAAAGAAUAUCUUGCUUGAUGAACACCGCAUUCCAAAACUAAGUGACUAUGGUAUGUCCAUCAUUACAGAAGAAAUUGAAAAGUUUGAGGUAUGUCCUGGCAACCCAAUGUUGCGCCUAAGGACAAAAGCAGAUGAUGAUGUUUAUAAUUUUGGAUUCAUAUUGUUCGAAUCACUUGUUGGACCCAUAGCAUGCGACAAAGGAGAAACAUUCUUUCUAAAUGAGAAGGCAUCCUUUGGCAGUGAAGAUGGUAGAAGAAAGAUUGUGGAUCCUAUAGUGUUGACCACUUGCUCUCAAGAGUCAUUAUCAAUUGCAAUAUCAAUAACAACCAAAUGCAUAUCUCCAGAAUCUUCAUUUCGCCCCUCUUUUGAGGAUGUCUUGUGGAACUUACAGUAUGCAGCUCAAGUCCAAGCCACAACAGAUGCAGACCAGAAAUCAGAUUAA